GAGGACUCAAUACUUUAUAAUAUCCAUCAAAAUGUCUGCUCCUAUCACAACCAAGGUGCAAUCCAAAGAAUUGAACGGUCUUUCGUUGAUUGCCGCUCAUUCACACAUUUCCGGGUUAGGUCUCGAUGAGAAUCUCCGUCCCAAGGAAUCUGCCCAAGGGAUGGUUGGUCAAUUGAAGGCCAGAAGAGCCGCUGGUGUCAUCUUGAAGAUGGUUGAAGCCGGUAAGAUUGCUGGCCGUGCCGUGUUAGUUGCCGGUCCUCCAUCCACAGGUAAGACCGCCAUUGCCAUGGGGUUGUCUCAAAGUUUGGGUGAAGACGUUCCAUUCACUGCCAUUGCUGGAAGUGAAGUUUUCUCCUUGGAAUUAUCCAAGACUGAAUCUCUUACUCAAGCAUUCCGUAAAUCUAUCGGAAUUAAAAUUAAGGAAGAAACUGAAAUCAUUGAGGGUGAAGUAGUUGAAAUCCAAAUUGAUCGUUCCAUCACUGGAGGUCAUAAACAAGGGAAAUUGACCAUCAAGACCACUGACAUGGAAACCAUCUAUGAAUUGGGUAAUAAGAUGAUUGAAGGAUUGACCAAGGAAAAGGUUCUUGCCGGAGAUGUGAUUUCUAUCGACAAGGCCUCAGGAAAGAUUACCAAGUUGGGGAAAUCUUUCACUCGUGCGCGUGAUUAUGACGCUAUGGGACCUGAAACCAAGUUUGUACAAUGUCCAGAAGGUGAAUUGCAAAAGCGUAAAGAAGUUGUCCAUACCGUUUCUCUCCAUGAAAUCGAUGUGAUAAACUCCAGACAACAAGGCUUUUUAGCUUUAUUUUCUGGUGACACUGGUGAAAUCAGAUCUGAAGUACGUGAUCAAAUCAACACAAAGGUUGCCGAAUGGAAGGAAGAAGGUAAGGCUGAGAUUGUUCCUGGGGUUCUUUUCAUUGAUGAAGUACACAUGCUUGACAUUGAAUGUUUCUCCUUUAUAAAUAGAGCCUUGGAAGAUGAUUUUUCACCAAUUGUGAUGAUGGCCACCAAUAGAGGUAUUUCACGUACACGUGGAACUGAUUACAAGUCUCCACACGGUAUGCCAGCUGAUUUAUUGGACCGUUCGAUCAUCAUCCAUACUGCUCCAUACAAUGCCGAUGAAAUCAGAACUAUAUUGUCCAUCCGUGCCACUGAGGAAGAAGUUGAAUUGACAGCAGAUGCCAUUGCAUUGUUGACCAAGAUCGGACAGGAAACGAGCUUGAGAUAUGCAUCCAACUUGAUUUCAGUUGCUCAACAGAUUGCCUUGAAACGUAGAAGCAACGCGGUUGAUUUGGAAGACAUCAAGAGAGGAUACAUGUUAUUCUUUGACUCUGACCGUUCUGUUCAAUACUUGGAAGAGAAUGCGUCUCAAUUUAUUGACGAUAAUGGUGAUGUGACUUUUGGAUAUGGAGCCACUGUUGAAGCCAAUUCAGAUAAGAUGGAAGUUGAAGCUUAA